AUGUUUGAUAGGGUGACGUUCGGUGUUCAGAACUUGACAGGCGGCCCAAUUUUCAUCCGGUGGCGGAUGUCGGAUUUGAUCUACGUGGUGAUUCUACUUAUACUUUAUCCCACAUUGUAUCGGAUAGACCCGUUCGAGAGACAGUUUUACAUCAAUGAUCUCACCAUUCUGCACCCUUUUGCAGAGACAGAACGAGUUUCCAACACAAUGCUUUUUGUGUACUCGACGUGGGUGCCCCUUGUGGUGAUUUUCGUGAUGUCGCUUGCAAUCACCAGUCGUGCCAGUAAGUUGUAUGUAACAUACGUGUCGGUUCUCGGGUUGAUAAUCUCGGUCUUCACCACCAGCAUCAUGACGGAUGUCUUGAAAAACAGCUUCGGCAGACACAGGCCCGAUUUCUUGGCUCGCUGCGUGCCGCGGCCUGACACCCCGAAAGAUGUGUUGGUCUACGCAAAAGACGUCUGCACCACGGAUAACGCGGCUCGGUUGAUGGACGGGUUCCGCACCACGCCCCUGGGGCACUCCAGCAUCUCGUUUGCCGGCCUUUUUUUCCUCUCUUUGUGGCUCUCGGGCCAGCUUGCCGUGACAAGGCCCCAGGUGGGCGCUCUCCGGUGGGUGGCAGUGUUCUUGCCCACUUUCGGAGCGGCGCUUAUUGCGUUGAGCCGGACCGAGGACUACAGACACCAUUUUGUGGAUGUUUUUGUGGGCCUGUGCAUCGGGUUGGCCGUGGCCACGUGGCUGUACAUGCGGGUGUUUCCAAGCCCGUGGGCUCCGGACUGCUAUGAGCCAAAACUACUUGAUGUGGACCAGCCCGGGAUCAAUUACACCACCGUGGCUGAAGUAUAG